AUGUCCACGUACGUCGUCGUCGGCGCCUCUCGUGGUAUCGGCUAUGCUCUUUUGAAAAAGUUCUCCUCAGACCCGGCCAACACCGUCGUUGGCAUCGUCCGCACACCUGCUCCCACUGAAGAGCAAGUCCGCAAAGAUGGCCUGAAUGCGACCAUCGUCCAAGGUGAUAUGACCAACUACAGGUCCCUCUUGUCUGCCGCCGAGAAGGUCCACAAACCCGUCGACUACCUCUGGGUCAAUGGCGGACAUCUUCACGAUGACACCGCUGGGAAGUUCUUCACCGACUACACCGUCGACAACUACGACAAGAUGACCGACGACCUCCGCAAAGGCUUCGAGACAAACGUCUUGGGCGUCAUCAACACCAUCAAUGCUUUCCUACCACUUGUGCAGAAGUCAGAAAUCAAGAAGGUCAUCACUCUUACCACUGGACUGGCGGACGACAACCUGACUCGCGACUAUGGUAUCUGGGAGACCGCAGCGUAUAGUGUUGGAAAGGCCGCAACGAACACGGUCAUCGCGAAGUAUGAUGCCAAGUUUCGUAGCGAAGGCAUUCUUUUCCUGGGAAUCUCGCCCGGAGUGGUUGACGUCGGCAAGCCUUCGAGCGAGACAGGCCAGAACUUGGGUGCUAAGUUCUACAAGUAUUCGAAAGGGCUGAAGGUGCUCAAGCCAGAAGAGAGCGUCGAAGCAAUGCUCAAGGUUGUGGAUGAGUCCAGGGCUGAGGGCGAUGGCGGUCAGUUUUACAGUCAUUUGGGCCGCCACCAGCGGUGGUUGUGA